AUGGAAGAAUUUUAUUUGUUAAACAGAAAAGGAGUGUUUCCUUAUGAUUAUAUAAAUUCCUGGGAGAAACUCCUUGAAACAAAACUUCCCGAAAAAAAGGAUUUUUAUAGCCGCUUAUACGAACAAGAUAUUAAAGAUGAAGAUUAUUCUCACGCUAUCAAAGUUUGGAAUACUUUCAAUAUUCGUACAUUAGGAGAAUAUUCCGAUUUAUAUUUAAAAACAGAUGUGCUUCUUCUAUCCGACGUAUUCGAAGCAUUUCGAACUACGUGUUUAAAUACUUAUCAACUUGAUCCCUUACAUUAUUAUACUGCACCAGGCUUAACAUUUGAUGCCAUGUUAAAAACGACAAAAAUUAAACUAGAACUCUUAACGGAUAUAGAUAAAGUCCUUUUUGUCGAGAGAGGUAUUAGAGGUGGAGUUUCCCAGUGUUCUAAUAGAUACGGUAAAGCCAAUAAUAAGUACAUAAAUAAAGACGAAUAUGAUCCUUCACAAGAUAGUACCUAUUUAAUGUAUUUUGAUGUUAAUAACCUUUACGGAGCGGCAAUGUCUCAAUGUUUACCGUAUGGGAAAUUUGAAUUUGUAGAAAAUUUCAAUAUUUCAGAUAUCUUAGAUACUUCUGAUAAUUCCACAACUGGUUAUAUUAUUGAAUGCGAUUUGGAUUAUCCAGUAGAUUUGCAUGAAAUACAUAGCGAUUUACCUUUAGCUCCAGAGCACAUGAUACCUCCCAUUUCAAGAUCUAAACUUAAAAACCUAUUCGGAAAGGCCUUCCUGGCUACACGGAUUAUACGCGUAGACGGUGAAGAACAAGUGGCACAAAUGAAUGGAUGCUCAAGAUCGAUCAUGCAUCGUUACAGACAAAAAUCUAUAUCCUUACUAUUGACGAAAGUGCAGCAUCUGCGACGAGCCGACUGCGCGACGAGUGCAUGUUGCUCAAUGGAAUAUAUAGACUUAAAUACAAGGCUUAGACAGCAAGCGAAGAACGAUUUUGAAAAAGAUUUUUUUAAAUUAAUGAUUAACGCUAUUUAUGGUAAAUGCAUGGAAAAUGUUCGAAAACAUAGGGAUAUUCGAUUGGUCAGUAAAUGGGAGGGACGAUGGGGAGUUCGUUCUCUUAUUUCUAAACCAAAUUUUCACAGUUCCGUUGUAUUUGAUGAUGAUUCAGCUAUCAUCGAAAUGAAUAUUUCUAAAACUUUUCUCUAUGAAUUCCACUAUGGUUAUAUUAAGGAAACAUUUAACAAUAAUGCAAAGUUGCUUUACACCGACACUGACAGUCUAAUUUACGAAUUUCAUGUAGGUGAUAUAUACGAAUAUAUUAAGAAAGAUUCUCAUCGGUUUGAUACUUCAGACUAUGAUUUGUAUAAUGUUUAUGGUAUAGAACAAAAAAAUUAA